GCUCAGUUGGGCUGCGCUGAGUUGGGUCGGGGCUCGGCCAUGUCCCGGCUGCGCAGACACGAGGAGGAGGGUCCGGCGGUGGGGCAGGGGCCGGGCUCGGUGGGGCAGAGGACGGGCUCGGAGGAUAACCUCUACCUGGCAGUGCUGCGUGCCUCCGAGGGCAAGAAAGAUGAGCGAGACCGGGUCCAGAAGAAAACCUUCACCAAAUGGGUCAACAAACACCUCAUCAAGCACUGGCGAGCAGAGGCACAGCGCCAUGUCAACGAUCUGUACGAGGACCUGCGGGACGGCCACAACCUCAUCUCGCUGCUGGAGGUGCUCUCUGGGGACACACUGCCCCGCGAGAAGGGACGGAUGCGGUUCCACAAGCUGCAGAACGUCCAGAUCGCCCUCAACUACCUGAAACACCGGCAGGUGAAGCUGGUGAACAUCCGCAACGAUGACAUCGCUGAUGGGAACCCCAAGCUGACCCUGGGGCUGAUCUGGACCAUCAUCCUGCACUUCCAGAUCUCGGACAUCCAAGUGUCGGGGCAGUCGGAGGACAUGACAGCCAAGGAGAAGCUUCUGCUGUGGUCGCAGCGGAUGGUGGAGGGGUACCAGGGGCUGCGCUGCGACAACUUCACCACCAGCUGGAGGGACGGGCGCCUCUUCAACGCCAUCAUCCACCGGCACCGGCCGGCGCUGGUGGACAUGGGUCGCGUGUUCCGGCAAAGCAAUCAGGAGAACCUGGACCAGGCGUUCAGCGUGGCCGAGCGUGAGCUGGGGGUCACGCGCCUGCUGGACCCUGAGGACGUGGAUGUGCCGCAGCCCGACGAGAAAUCCAUCAUCACCUACGUGUCCUCCCUCUAUGACGCCAUUCCCCGCGUGCCCCCUGCCCAGGAUGGCGUCAGGGCCAAUGAGCUGCAGCUGCGCUGGCAGGAGUACUAUGAGGUGGUGACAACGCUGCUGCAGUGGCUGCGCCAGCAAAUGCUGCUGUGCCAGGAGCAGCGCGGGGCUGCAGGCUACGAGGAGACCGAGAUUCUCUGGCGGCAGUUCCUGAAGUUCAAGGAGACAGAGCUGCUGGCCAAGGAGGCCGACAAGAACCGCUCCAAAGCCAUCUUCCAGGCCCUGGAGGGCGCGGUGCAGUCGGGGCAGCUGAAGGUGCCCCCCGGGUACCACCCGCUGGAGGUGGAGCAGGAGUGGGGGCGGCUGCACGGGGCUCUGCAGGAGCGGGAGCGGCGGCUGCGGGACGAGUGCCAGAGGCUGGAGCGGCUGCAGCGGGUGGUCAGCAAGCUGCAGAUGGAGUCGGGGCUGUGUGAGGAGCAGCUGAACCAGGCAGACAGCCUGCUGCAGGGGGACCUGCGGCUGCUGGAGGGGGGGAAGGCCCCGCAGCAUGCAGGGGAGGUGGAGCGGGAGCUGGACGGGGCGGACGCCAUGAUCCGACGGCUCUUUGGGGACGUGCAGGCGCUGAAGGACGGGAGACACCCGCAGGGCGAGCAGAUGUACCGCAGGGUUUACCGCCUGCACGAGCGCCUGGUGUCGAUCCGAUCCGAGUUCAAUCUGCGGCUGCAGAGCGGGGCCGCCCCGCGGGGGGGGACGCAGCCCCCGGACGAGGCCCCCCUGAGGUACCUGCAGGAGCUGCUGGGGUGGGUGGAGGAGAACCAGAGGCGCCUGGAUGGGGCGGGAUGGGGGGGUGACCUCCCCACCAUCGAGUCCCAGCUGGGAGCCCACCGGGGGCUGCACCGCAGCAUCCAGGACUUCCAGAGCAAGAUCCAGCGGGCACGGGUGGAUGAGGCCCAGUUGGCCCCCGGCCCCCGCGGCGCCUACCAGGAGUGUCUGGGCAAGCUGGAGCUGCAGUAUGGCAACCUGCUGAGCUCCUCACAGCGGCGGCUGCAGCACUUGGAGUCCCUGCAGAGCUUUGUGGCUGCGGCCACUCAGGAGCUGCUGUGGCUGAGUCAGCGCGAGGAGGAGGAGGUGACCUGGGACUGGAGCCACCGCGGGCCCCCCCCGGACACCAAGAAGGACAGCUACUCGGCUCUGAUGCGGGACCUGGAGGUGCGGGAGCAGAGAAUCAAAGAACUGCAGAGCUCCGGAGAGAAACUGCUGAGGGGGGAGCACCCAGGGAGACAGAGCCUGGAGGCCUUCCUGGCAGCCCUGCAGACGCAGUGGAGUUGGAUGCUGCAGCUCUGCUGCUGUGUGGAGACCCAUCUGAGGGAGAACACUGCGUACAACCAGUUUUUUGGGGAGGUGGGGGAUGCGGAGCGGUUCCUGCAGCGCAUGGGGGAGACCAUGAGGAGGAAAUUCAGCUGUGACCGCAGCGUCACCGCCACGCGCCUGGAGGACCUGCUGCAGGAUGGGCAGGAGCUGAAGGAGCAGCUGGUGGAGUUUGGGGCCACACUGGAGACCCUGACCCAACGGGCCGGGACCAUCGUGCAGCUGAAACCCCGCAGCCCCGAGACCCCCCUGCAGGGACACCCCCCCCUCCAGGCGGUCUGCGACUACAAACAAAUGGAGAUCACGGUGCACAAGGGGGACUCCUGCACCCUUCUGAGCAAUGCCCACCCCCACCGCUGGCGGGUGCAGAGUGCGGGGGGCAGCGAGGCCCUGGUCCCCUCCGUCUGCUUCCUCCUGCCCCCCCCAAACAGCGAGGCCAUCGACGCUGUCACACGGCUGCGUGAUUCCCACCGGGAGCUGCAGGAGCUGUGGGAGCAGCAGGAGCGGGGGCUGCGGGCGCUGCUCUCCUGGCACCGCCUCACGCGGCUGCUGCAGCAGAUCCAGGCCUGGACCCCCCAGGGGCUGCGGGCGCUGCCCCCCGAGGAGUGCCGCCGGGCACUGGGGGAGCUGGAGGUGACGCUGGGGGAGUUCGAGGCGCAGAGCCGGGGGGUGCCGGGGUUCAGCCCCCAGGAGCGGCAGCGCCUGCGGCAGCAGAGCCAGGAGUGUGCCCGGAGGGGAGAGGGGCUGCUGCUGGGGCUGGAGAGAGGGGAGCAGGAUGAGUCCCUGUGCCGCAGUUUCAUCUCUCAGCUGAGGGACCUGCGCCUGCAGCUGGAGAGCUGUGGUACCAGAACCACCCAGCGCCUGCGCCUGCCCCUGGAGCCCAACCCAGCCCAGGAGUGUGCCCAGCGCCUGGCUGAGCAGCAGCAAAUCCACCUGGAGCUGGAGGGCAUCAAGAAGAACCUGGACAAAGUGAGUGCGAAGUCAGAGGAGGUGCUGGCCCAUCCCGAGCCAACCAGCUCAGCUCCCAUCCUGCGCUCCGAGCUGGAGAUCACCCUGCAGAAGAUGGACCAGGUCUACGGGCUCUCCAGCAUCUAUCUGGAGAAGCUGAAAACCAUCAGCCUGGUGAUCCGCAGCACGCAGGGGGCUGAGGAGUUGGUCAGGAAGUUCGAGGAGCAGCUGAAGGAUGUGCAGACCGUGCCGGCUGACCUGCAGGAGCUGGAGGCCAGCAAGGCUGAGCUGAAGCGCCUGCGGGCUCAAGCUGAGAGCCAUCAGCCCUUCUUCGAGACGCUGGAGAGCGACUUGAGCAAGGCCAAGGAAGUGAACGAACGGAUGGUGAGAGGUCACAGCGAGAGGGACGUGGACCUGGACCGGUACCAGGAGAAGGUCCAGCAGCUGCUGGAGCGCUGGCACAGCGUCCUGGCCCAGAGUGACCUCCGUCAGCGGGAAUUGGAUCAGCUGGGCCGGCAGCUCCAGUACUACCGGGAGAGCUGCGAGGGGCUGCGGGGGUGGCUGCAGGAGGCCAGGAGGAGGCAGGAGGAGAUCCAGGCUGUGCCCAUCACCCACAGCCAGGCCGUGCGGGAGCAGCUGCUGCAGGAGAAGAAACUGCUGGAGGAGUGUGACCACAACAAGGAGAAGGUGGAGGAGUGCCAGCGCUACGCCAAGCAGUACAUCGACGCCAUCAAGGACUAUGAGCUGCAGCUGGUCACCUUCAAGGCACAGGUGGAGCCGGUGGCGUCUCCAGCCAAGAAACCCAAAGUGCAGUCGGCAUCUGACAGCAUCAUCCAGGAGUACGUGGACCUGCGGACGCAGUACAGUGAGCUGACCACGCUCACCAGCCAGUACAUCAAGUUCAUCACCGAGACGCUGCGGCGGCUGGAGGAGGAGGAGAAGGCCGCCGAGAAGCUGAAGGCGGAGGAGCGGCAGCGGCUGGCGGAGGCAGAGGCGCAGCUGGAGGCGCAGCGGCAGUUGGCCCAGGCCCACGCUGAGGCCAAGGCGCAGGCGGAGGCGGAGGCGCGGGAGCUGCAGCUCCGCAUGCAGGAGGAGGUGACCCGGCGCCAGGUGGUGGCCGUGGACGCUGAGCAGCAGAAGCAGAACAUCCAGCAGGAGCUGCUGCAGCUGCGGCAGAACUCAGACCACCAGAUCCAGUCCAAGGUGAAGCUGAUUGAGGAGGCCGAGUACAGCCGCAAGCGGGUGGAGGAGGAGAUCCGCCUGGUCCGCCUGCAGCUGGAGAGCACCGAGCGGCAGCGGGCGGGCGCCGAGGCGGAGCUGCAGGAGCUGCGGGCCCGCGCCGAGGAGGCCGAGCGGCAGAAGCGGCAGGCGCAGGAGGAGGCCGAGCGGCUGCUCCGGCAGGUGAAGGAGGAGAGCCAGAAGAAGCGGGAGGCGGAGGAGGAGCUGCGGCGCAAGGUGGAGGCCGAGCGGGCGGCGGCACGGGAGAAGCAGCGGGCGGUGGCGGAGCUGGAGGAGCUGCGGCUGCAGGCGGAGGAGGCCGAGCGGCGGAUGCGGCAGGCGGAGGCCGAGAAGGAGCGGCAGAUCCGGGUGGCCCAGGAGGCGGCCCAGCGCAGCGCCGAGGCCGAGCUGCAGAGCAAGCGGCUCUCCUUCGCAGAGAAGACGGCGCAGCUGGAGCUGUCGCUGCAGCAGGAGCACAUGGCAGUGGCCCAGCUGCAGGAGGAGGCCGAGCGGCUGAAGCGGCAGCAGGAGGAGGCUGAGCGCUCGCGGGAGGAGGCCGAGAAGGAGCUGGAGCACUGGCGGCAGAAGGCCAACGAGGCGCUGCGGCUGCGGCUGCAGGCGGAGGAGGUGGCCCACAAGAAGACCCUGGCCCAGGAGGAGGCGGAGAAGCAGAAGGAGGAUGCGGAGCGGGAGGCCCGCAAGCGCGCCAAGGCGGAGGAGUCGGCCCUGCGGCAGAAGGAGAUGGCCGAGGAGGAGCUGGAGAAGCAGCGGGAGCUGGCGGAGGGCACGGCCCAGCAGAAGCUGGCGGCCGAGCAGGAGCUGAUCCGGCUGAAGGCCGAGAUGGACAACGGGGAGCAGCAGCGGCUGCUGCUGGAGGAGGAGCUGGCGCGGCUGAAGGCAGAGGUGGGAGAGGCCAUCCAGAAGAGGAAGGAGGUGGAGGAGGAGCUGGCUAAGCUGCGGGCCGAGAUGGAGGUCCUGCUGGAGAGCAAGGCCAAGGCAGAGGAGGAGUCGCGCUCCAGCAGCGAGAAGUCCAAGCAGCGUCUGGAGGCAGAGGCCAGCAAGCUGCGGGAGCUGGCGGAGGAGGCUGCCCGGCUACGGGCCCUCUCCGAGGAGGCCAAGCGGCAGCGGCAGCUGGCAGAGGAGGAGGCGGGCCGGCAGCGUGCCGAGGCCGAGCGCAUCCUCAAGGAGAAGCUGGCGGCCAUCAACGAGGCCUCGCGGCUGAAGGCCGAGGCAGAGAUCGCUCUAAAGGAGAAGGAGGCGGAGAACGAGCGGCUGCGGCGGCUGGCGGAGGAUGAGGGCUACCAGCGCAAGCUGCUGGAGGAGCAGGCGGCCCAGCACAAGCAGGACAUCGAGGAGAAGAUCGCCCAGCUGAAGCGCUCUUCCGAGAGCGAGCUGGAGCGGCAGAAGGGUCUGGUGGAGGACACGCUGCGGCAGCGGCGGCAGGUGGAGGAGGAGAUCCGCGCCCUCAAGGCCAGCUUCGAGAAGGCCUCGGCCGGCAAGAGCGAGCUGGAGCGGGAACUGAGCCGCAUCCGCAGGGAGGCGGAGGAGGUGCAGCGCAGCCGGGAGCAGGCAGAGCGGGAGGCCGAGCGGCAGCGGCCGCUGGCGCUGGAGGAGGAGGGCCGGCGGCGCGAGGCGGAGGAGAAGGUGCGGGCCAUCUUGUCGGCCGAGGAGGAGGCUGGGCGGCAGCGGCGGCUGGCCCUGGAGGAGGUGGAGCGGCUGCGGGCCAUGGUGGAGGAGGCGCGGCGGCAGAAGGAGCUGGCGGAGAAGGAGUCGGAGCGGCAGAUCCAGCUGGCGCGGGAGGCGGCGCAGAAGCGUCUGGAGGCGGAGGAGAAGGCCCACAUGGCCGCCGUGAGGCAGAAGGAGCAGGAGCUGCUGCAGACGCGGCAGCAGGAGCAGAGCCUGGCCGAGCGCCUGCGGGAGGAGGCCGAGCGGGCCCGGCGGGCAGCCGAGGAGGCCGAGCUGGCGCGUGGCAACGCCGAGCGGGAGGCCGGGCUGUCGAGGCAGCGGGUGGAGGAGGCCGAGCGGCUGAAGCAGCGGGCAGAGGAGGAGGCGCAGGCUCAGGCGCGGGCGCAGGCGGACGCCGAGAAGCUGCGGAAGGAAGCGGAGCUGGAGGCGGCCCGGCGGGCGCAGGCCGAGCAGGCGGCCCUGCGGCAGAAGCAGCUCGCCACGCCCGAGAUGGAGAAGCACAAGAAGUUCGCCGAGCAGACCCUGCGGCAGAAGGCGCAGGUGGAGCAGGAGCUGGCCAAGGUGAAGCUGCAGCUGGACGAGACUGACCACCAGAAGGGCAUCCUGGACGAGGAGCUGCAGCGGCUGAAGGAGGAGGUGACUGACGCCGUCCGGCAGAAGGCCCAGGUGGAGGAGGAGCUGCUGAAGGUGCGGGUGCAGAUGGAGGAGCUGGCCAAGCUGAAGAGCCGGAUCGAGGAGGAGAACAAGGCGCUGAUCCUCAAGGACAAGGACAACACGCAGAAGUUCCUGGCGGAGGAGGCCGAGAAGAUGAAGCAGGUGGCGGAGGAGGUGGCCCGGCUGAGCGUGGAGGCUCAGGAGGCUGCGCGGCUGCGGCAGUUGGCCGAGGACGACCUGGCCCAGCAGCGGGCACUGGCAGAGAAGAUGCUGAAGGAGAAGAUGCAGGCAGUGCAGGAGGCCACGCGGCUGCGGGCCGAGGCCGAGGUGCUGCAGAAGCAGAAGGACCUGGCGCAGGAGCAAGCCAAGCGGCUGCAAGAAGACAAGGAGCAGAUGCAGCAGCGCCUGGCCGAGGAGACCGAGGGCUUCCAGAAGACCCUGGAGGCCGAGCGCCGGCGGCAGCUGGAGAUCACAGCCGAGGCCGAGCGCCUCAAACUGCACGUGGCGGAGCUGAGCGCCGCCCAGGCCAAGGCAGAGGAGGAAGCCAAGCGCUUCAAGAAGCAGGCAGAGGAGAUCAGCGGGAGGCUGCACGAGACCGAGCUGGCCACCCAGGAGAAGAUGACGCUGGUCCACACACUGGAGAUCCAGCGGCACCAGAGCGAUGAGGAUGCGGAGAAGCUGCGCAAAGCCAUCGCUGACCUGGAGCAGGAGAAGGAGAGGCUGAAGCAGGAGGCGGCGUUGCUGCAGCAGAAGGCGGAGGAGAUGCAGGUGGCCCAGGAGGCCCAGCGCCGGCAGGAGACGGAGCUCCUCCAGCAGAACUUCCUGACAGAGAAGGACAGCCUGCUGCAGAAGGAGAAGUUCAUCGAGGAAGAGAAAAUGAAGCUGGAGAAGCUCUUCAAAGAUGAAGUAGAGAAAGCCCAGAACCUGAAGGCAGAGCAGGAGCGGCAGCAGAAGGAGAUGGAGCAGGAGAAACAGCAGCUGAAGGCCAUGCUGGACGAAGCUAAGAGGCACCAGCAAGAAGCGGAGGAGAGCGUCCGGCACAAGCAGGAGGAGCUUCAGCAUCUGGAGAGGCAGCGGCAGGAGCAGGAGAAACUCCUGGAGGAGGAGAACAAGAAGCUGAGGGAGAGGCUGGAGCAGAUGGAGGAAGAAUACAAGGCUGCCCUGGCCCAGACACGAGAGAUCAUGAUCCAGACGGACGAGCUGCCCCAGGAGGCAACGGUUACGACGAUGCAGCUGUCGGACGCCCGAGCCGUGCCCAAUGGCCGCGACGCGGUGGACGGCUUGGCGCAGAACGGAGAGCCCGAGUUCGCCUUUGAUGGCAUCCGGCAGAAGGUGUCAGCAGAGAAGCUGUCUGAGGCUGGCAUCCUGAGCCAGGAGAGCCUGGACAAGUUGGCCAAGGGCGUGGUGAGCGUCAGUGAGCUCUCACAGAGGGAGGAUGUCAGGAAGUACCUGCAGGGCAAGAGCAGCAUUGCGGGUUUGUUGAUCAAACCCACCAACCAGAAGAUGAGCAUCUAUGAAGCCAUGAAGAAGCAGUUGCUGAGCCCGGGCACGGCCCUGGUGCUGCUGGAGGCGCAGGCGGCCUCUGGCUUCAUCCUCGACCCCGUGCGCAACGCCCGGCUCUCAGUCAACGAGGCGGUGCGGGAGGGCGUCAUUGGGCCCGAGCUGCACAACAAGCUGCUCUCUGCCGAGCCGGUCACCGGCUACAAGGACCCCUACACCGGGGAGAAGAUCUCCCUCUUCCAGGCCAUGAAGAAGGAUCUGAUCGUCAAGGAGCACGGCAUCCGCCUGCUGGAGGCCCAGAUCGCCACUGGCGGCAUCAUCGACCCCGUGCACAGCCACCGCCUGCCCGUAGAGGUGGCCUACAAGGGAUACUUCGACCAGGAGAUGAGCCAGGUCCUCUCCGACCCCAGCGACGAUACCAAGGGCUUCUUCGACCCCAACACCAAUGAGAACCUCACCUACCUGCAGCUGAUGGAGCGGUGUGUGACUGACCCCGAGACGGGGCUGUGCCUCCUGCCGCUCACCGACCAGGUGGCCAAAGCCGAGAUGGUCUACACUGACAAAGAAGCUAAGGAUGUCUUUAAGAAAGCCACGGUGACAGCACCCUUUGGCAAGUUCCAAGGGAAGACGGUGACCAUCUGGGAGAUCAUCAACUCCGAGUACUUCACUGAGGACCAAAGGCGGGAUUUGAUCCAGCAGUCGACCGGCAAGAUCACGGUGGAGAAGAUCAUUAAGAUCAUCAUCACGGUUGUGGAGGAAAGUGAGAAGAAGAGCCAGAUGUGCUUCGAGGGCCUCCGGGCCGUGCCGGCUGCUGAGCUGCUGGACAGCAAAAUCAUCAACAAGGACCUCUACAACCAGCUGCACCAGGGCAAGAAGUCGGUGAAGGACCUGGCGGAGAUGGAAUCGGUGCGGCGCUACCUGAAAGGCACUGACGCCAUUGCUGGCGUCCUGGUGGAGUCAAGCGGCCAGAAGCUGACCUUCUAUGAUGCCCUGAAGAGGAACCUGCUAAAGCCAGAGGUUGCCCUGUCCCUGCUGGAAGCCCAGGCUGCCACCGGAUACAUCAUCGACCCGGUGAGGAACAGUCUGUUCUCCGUUGAUGAGGCGGUGAAGGCCGAGGUGGUGGGGCCAGAACUCCAUGAGAAGCUGCUGUCAGCAGAGAGGGCAGUGACCGGCUACAAGGAUCCCUACACGGGACAGACGGUUUCCCUCUUCCAAGCCCUCCAGAAGGUCUCAUCCCCAGCGACACCGGGGCGUCUGCUGGAGGUCCAGCUGGCCACCGGGGGCAUCAUCGAUCCGGUCAACAGCCACCGGCUCCCGCUGGAGACAGCCUACAAGCGUGGCUACUUGACCCCGGAGAUGAACGAGGCUCUGUCAUGA